CCCCUAGAAAAACAAGGAAUUGGAUGGUAUGUUGUGUGACUAUGACGCUCCAAGGCUGACUAUGCAAGGUGAAAGGGUUAAGACAGCUUCUUGAUUAGCAUGAGACUGGGUUGGCUGUCUUGCUUCCUGCCCUUCAAUAGCUUUUCACUGCAUUCAAAGGCACAGAGCCAUUCAACAGAGGACAGAGCAGGCUUUGCAGAGCUGGGAAUACCUGAAAGCAAACUGUCUGGGUCUAGUUGUAUUGUAGACCCCUAAAGCUUGAAGGAACGGCCUGGCGGGAGCGAUAAAUAAUGGAAUAUGAGCAGUGGCAGGAAAAGGCUACGAGUGGACCAAGAGAAGGGGAGAGACACUGAUCGCCAAUCCGAGGAUUUCUCCCUUUCAUCACUGUGAAAAUUGGUACAGGCGCGUGCCUGGGAUAUGAUGCGAUGGGGGCUUUUGCACGGCCAGUGUGGAAGGAACAGCUGUGUGGCUGCGAAGAAUGAAUAUUGUCCCUUGAUUACUGCAAUGCUGAUUUAGAUUGCCUCAUUGAUUCGCUUCACGGAGCCUGAUAGGUGAAGAGAGGAGGGAAAAAAAAUCUACUUUCGUCGUCAUCGCCUCCUCAUUUUAAUGCCACAACCAUUGGGAUAUUGACGUGUUUUUUUUUUUCUCGCUCUCUUCGUUCCCGCAAGAUCUUAGGUGCAAGGGUUCAGGUCGAAACCAAAUUCUGUGGGUGUUUUUUCCCAGUAUUUGCUGGGUUCUUUUGUGUUGUGCCUCACAGUUGGCUAAGCAGCCCUAUGCUGAAUCAAGCUAUUGUUUGGGAUCUCAGAGCUUUCACGCUACAAAUCUCUGCUCACUCCCCCUCCCCUUCUUUGGCUGAGAAGCCACAUAAUGUGCCUUUCCUCCACAUGAAUCUGGAAGCUAUAAGCUGGAUUGAUUGCAAAUGAAGUGUAAUGCAUUGUGGGACGUGUGUAAAAUUGGAUCAUUCGAGGGAGAAAACGAACGGACCCGCAGCUGGCUUCCUAGAAGAGGUAGCAGCAAAAUGUUUGCAGCCCGUGCUCAAGCUGUGUGCUUAAUGUUCUGAUGAAAAAAAGGGGACAGCGGUGAGGCCUGUCUCAUGCAGCUGGACAAUUAGGCUUCAGGUAGCCUCAGAAUGAAGAAGACUCGGAGUACAACCUUACGCCGGGCCUGGCCUAGUGCUGAUUUCUCUGACCGGGCCUCAGACCGCAUGAGGUCCCGUAGUGAAAAGGACUAUCGCCUGCACAAACACUUUCCACCAGCUUUUAUUUCCCAGGCAUCACGAGGCUAUAUGACAUCAGGUGAUGUUUCGCCCAUCAGUAUGUCUCCAAUCAGCCAGUCACAGUUUAUCCCUCUUGGGGAAAUCCUUUGCUUGGCCAUCUCAGCUAUGAACUCUGCAAGGAAACCUGUCACGCAAGAAGCACUAAUGGAGCACCUGACCACCUGUUUCCCAGGUGUACCAACCCCAAGCCCUGAGAUCCUGCGACAUACACUCAAUAUGCUUGUCCGAGAGAGAAAAAUCUAUCCUACUCCAGAUGGAUACUUUAUAGUGACUCCACAGACUUAUUUCAUAACCCCAUCCCUUAUAAGAACUAACAGUAAAUGGUACCAUUUGGAUGAGAGGAUACCUGACCGGUCUCAGUGUACCUCUCCACAACCAGGAACUAUAACGCCAUCCCCUUCAGGAUGUGUCAGGGACAGAACACUCUCCAAAAACCACUGCGACUCUUGUCAUUGCUGCAGAGAAGAUAUGCAUAGCAUCCAUGCAUCUACUUUACAAAGGAAAUCUGCAAAAGACUGCAAAGACUCAUAUUGUCCCCCUUCAUUGUGCCAGAUUCCCCCUACAGAGAAAAGCAAAAGUACCAUAAAUUAUUCAUAUAAAACAGAAACCCUCUCAAAACCUAAAGAUGGGGAAAAGCCAUCUAAAAAAUUUGGUCUAAAAUUGUUCAGGCUGAGUUUUAAAAAGGACAAAGCAAAACAGCUGGCUAAUUUUUCAGCUCAAUUUCCUCCAGAGGAAUGGCCUCUUAGAGAUGAGGACACACCAAAUACUAUACCCCGGGAAGUAGAGAUGGAAAUCAUUAGACGAAUAAACCCAGAUUUAACAGUGGAAAAUGUUGUGAGGCACACUGCACUAAUGAAAAAACUUGAAGAAGAAAAAUCUCAGAGAAGCAAAGCUGGUUCAUCAGCUCAUCAUAGUGGAAGAAGCAGAAGGAGCAGGACACAUAGAAAAACUCACGGGAAAUCUCGGUCACAUAGCAAGAAUAGGGCUUCCAAAGGCGACCCUUCUGAAGGAUCCCACUUAGACUUGCCUGGAGAGAGGGAGUAUGAAUUUUAUCAUCCACGGAAUCGAUCACCAAGGGAAGGUUGUUUUAUAAUGGAGCGCAAAGGAGGAGAGAAUUUUGUCGUGCUCAGUAAUCCAAAUAUGAUAGAAUCUCAUUUUCCUGUUACACCAGAAUGGGAUGUGUCUGGUGAACUGGCCAAAAGGAGGACUGAAAUGCCUUUUCCUGAACCCUCAAGGGGCAGUUCCCAUUCAAAGGUCCAUCGAAGCCACAGCCAUACACAAGAUAGGAGGUCAAGAAAUGAAAGGUCUAGUAAAGCCAAGGAAAGAUCUAGGUCAAUGGACAACUCAAAGGGACCUCUAAGUGGUGCUUCUUUAGGGACACCAGAUGACCUAGGUGAAGGCUGUAGUCUUGAUGAGAAAACACCAAGCCAGUCUUAUAUAGAUGACGGCACUUUAAGGCCAUCACAUAGUAGUUUGAGUCAUCAAAGGACUCUAUCUUAUAAAGAUCCGUGCGUUCCUGAACUAGCUAGUGGUGGUGCCGAUACCCCUAAAUCAUGUAGCCUGAUGGAACAAGGCAAGCUUCCAGAGACUUUAUCGUCAUACAGUGAACUUAAUUCUUGUUCCAAAAAAACUGCAGAUGACUAUUUUCAGUGUAAUACAUCUAGUGAAACAAUUCUCACUGCUCCAUCCCCUUUAGGAAAAAAUAAGGAGGACAUUGACAUGCCAAGUCUCACAGAAGGCUUAAAAAGACUCUCUCCUGCUGAGAAGCCACAACAACAUAUAGCCAGAGAACAAGGGGAGUACAAAGAAGAUUCACCAAAAGGUACUGUUAGUGGUCUAUCAGUUGCUGCAACUAGUCAAAGUCCAGAGUUGAUUGCCAAUGGGAGGUUGGUACCACAUCAUAAUGCAGAAACGAGCAGCCUUGACAAAAGGAAAGAAAUUUUCAGUAAGGAUACUUUAUUCAAACCUUUGCACAAUAGCCUAUCUGUGAACAGUUUUCAUAAAUCAGGUGUGAGUUUACUGAAAACACACCAAAAAACUUCUCCUGAAACACUGCCAGCAAGCAUUGAGAACUUUGAGCAACCUAUUACCACCUCAGUCACCCCAAACCUUGCCGUCUCACCCAGGCCUCAAGAGCCAGCAGGAAAUCAAGAAGCCUCUUUUGAUUACUACAAUGUGUCUGAAGAUGACGAGUCCGAGGAAGGGACGCAGAAACCAACAGAAGAGGAAAAAAACAGAGAUGACGUGGGGACAAUGCAGUGGCUGCUACAACGGGAGAAGGAAAGGGAUUUACAAAGGAAGUUCGAGAAAAACCUCACACUUCUGAAUCCAAAGGAAACGGACAGCAGUGGCAGCCAGAGAGCCACUCACUCUGCUCGUUUGGACAGCAUGGACAGUAGCAGUAUUACUGUAGAUAGUGGAUUUAACUCCCCACGUACACGUGAAAGCCUGGCUUCCAAUACUUCAAGUAUUGUUGAAAGUAACAGACGGCAGAACCCGGCUCUUAGUCCUGCCCAUGCAGGUGCUGGUCCAGCUUUUAACUUCCGAACAUCUGCUGCAGAAACCACAACAACGGAUGCUGAUAAACUACAGAAACCCGCUAACUGUUUGCAAGCUUCUGUAACUAGUGUUUGAUAGCCGCUCAGCCUCAAAUCUUGUUCUGUCUCAUCCUCUACAGCAAAGUUUACUACACUGGGACCGAUGUUUACAUCUCUUUACAAGCAAGCCUCACAUCCACAGUUUUUGUGUCUUUCUUAAACUGUGCUGCUAAUUAGCCCAGGGGGCAACAACAAGAACAGAAUACCAACUUUUUUUGUAUUAUUAUUGUUAUUAUUUUGGUUUUCUUGUUUCUUUUUUUUACCAUCAUUCCUUUCCAUAAUGUAGAGCUCAGUAGAAAUUGAAAAAUGCUAGGAGUUAAUAUGCACAUUAUUCUUCAUGUAAAUGUAACAGAGCACAUUCAAGAGUCUAAACACUGUAUUUCUCUUUUUUGUUGGACGCUGUGCGGCAUGCAGCAGAGUACUUCCUUUAAAGCAGCGGUGCUUGGUAGAAAACACAAGUUUGUAGAUUUGCAGAACAGUUUUUAUUCCGUUCUGUAUUAUAAAAAGAGAAAGAGAGAAAAAAAACUAUUUAUUUUUAACAACACACAAAUGAUAUGAACCUAAUUUUAAACGUAUAUACAGUAUAUAUAUUCCUACUUAGUGCCCAUGAUGUUCAGCCAAUGUGAAGAACCAAAAUAUUAGACCAUAUCACACGGCAAUAAGAGUUGCUACAUCUGUGCUUUUUAUCUUCUGGCUAUCUACAUACACGUCAUUGUGCUGUCACAUAUAAGUAUAAAAUGUAUUGGAUGUGUUGUUCAGGGACCUGCAUGCAGUAUACGGAAUGACAGUUGUGUUAAUCCUCUCUAUAAUAAUACACUAGUUAACAAUACAGUAUUACAAGUAUCACAAAUCAAGCAAACUAACUCAUCCUAACAGUACGGGUGUAAGAGAACUUCUCAGCAAAGUAUGACAAGGUAGUGUAUGAAAGGCAAGCAUAUUGUGUUCGAGCCAUGUCACGGGAUUACUUAUUCUUAAUUUCCAUGAUCAUCCAUAUUCAUACCCACACUACAUUAAAAAAAAAACAAAAAAAAAACUGACCAAUGUUCAGGCUGGACAAAAACAUCUUGAUCAAGCGCUCAUAUGCCUAUUACACUGGCCAGUGCAAAGUGGAAGAAUAAUCACUACCGCGAUCGUUCCUCCCCCAUCUGGUUGUAUGAAUAAAAGAUGCCUUCAACCAACAAACAAAUCUGUUGGCUGACCUGCAGCCCAAUGACCCAGGCCAACUAUUGGGAAAGAGCCUGCGAACUUUUCUUCCUGAUUAUUGACCUGAAAAUUGUCCUGUGUAAUAGGGCCUUAAAGAGAACCUGUCGCCACGAAAAGCAGUGCAGUCUGAAAGCACCAUGUCAUAGAGCAGGAGGAGCUGAACAGAUUGCUAUACAGUUUUGUGGGAAAAAAUUCAGUAAAACGUUUAAUUUAUACGUUUAUAUCUCUGCUCUUUCUGAGUUCAUUUGUACACUGGGGCCAUGUUAUCAGUGUUUUACAGCUAUCUCUGAAUACACACUUACACAGAAAAUGAUAUCACUGAUAAUAGCCAAAUAGGGAGUCUCAAGCUCAGAAAGAGCAAUGUAUAAAUUACAGGUUUUACUGAAUCUUUUCCAACAAAAUGAUAUAUGAAUAUGCUCAGCUUCUCCCGCUGUAUAACAUGCUGCCUGCAGAUUGCACUGCAUUUUGUGGUGACUUGUCCUUUUUAAGAAACGAUUGGAGUGUUUGGUAGAGAUUUUUAACUGUGAAGCUAGAAUAUAUCUUUCUAAUCACAAGACCUGAGCUAGAACAAUACAUUUUCCAUAUAUGUGCAUGUAUGUAUACUUAUUUCACUUAUGUAUACCCAGCGCUGCUGCUUUAAAAUCCCACAUGCAAGGUUCCACUGUGCCAGAAAUCUUAGUGGUACCAGUAAAGUGGCAGCAGGGUGGAGCCAUAGUUAUUCUGAGCCUAAAUAGUACCAAACACGACCUUGAAUAGCAAUUUGGCAUCUUAUAUGUAUUGAAACAUUUCAUCCUCAUAUAUUGAUUAACUGCUAAGUUUAGAAUUUAUUUUUUGCCAUCAGAUAACUGUAGUUUUAUUUGGCUGGUACAUACCCUAUUGGAAGUUGUGAACACGAACACUAGUCUGUUUUUUAUAGCAUAGAUCUAGUUCUGGGAGUAGAAAAAAUGUCAGCCAAUUUGACAAUCAUUUUCUGGUGCUCAGGGCAGGUUAAAAAAAAGUUGCAAUAUAAGACUGCAGAGCAUCAUGGUUCCAAUUUUAGAAUCGAUAAAAACAUUUUAGGGAGUAACUAUUGAAAAUUAAAAUCUUCUCUAUUGUGCUCUAUGCAUGGAUAAUGAUCUCAUCCUUGCUUAAAUAUGUUGCAUCUUGUUACAUCUGCAAAAACAUAAAUUUUUUCAUUUUAUUUUUAAUUUUUAAGUGGCAUGUACAGGCCAAUGAAAUGAAAGUGAUCUGAAUGUGCAAAACCAUGUUAGUAACUUUGAAGCAGGACCAGAGGCAGAGAAAAACAUCACUUGGGCACCUUUUGUGACCAAGUUUAAAAAUGUAGGAGCCAAAUGAUAUUUUUCUGUGGCAUUUACAACUAUAUUAGUUGCUAUUUGGAGCCCUGCAUUAAAGUGGUUUUCCAGCUUUGGCUGGGUCCACGCAUAUGAUGUAAGUACUUUGGUCAUCCAGCAUACCACUGAUACAGUAAAACCUGCAUAGGGGAUUAUACCAUUGCCAGACUUCUGCACCCUAUAUUUCUUUAUACAUAUACAAACAAGCCUGUAUUAUCCAUAUCCUAGGAAUACCUAUAGUUUAUCUUCAGCUGGGUAAAUAAAAGUGGCCAACAGAUAACGGUCCCUUCACUAGGAACAUAAAUCAUUGGGGAACAAAGACCUUGAUAUCCUUUUUUUUUUCCCUGUAAAAGUCAAAUUACAUGAAACUGUUUUAUUUGUAACAUUUUUGUGAGCCCAAGUUGAUGAAAAACAUUUUUUUAUAAUUUUAUUUUUGAUAAUUUUUAUAAUUUCAGUUCUCCUUUAAAUUUAUUUGUAUGAAACUAAAGGCAAGAAUAGCCUAACAACAUGAUUUCCUUCAAACGGAAGGAUAUAAUUUUUUUUUAUUCUGUGGAUUAGAUUGUAAUACCUAAAUUUGGCUUCUCAGAAUAACAUGAUUUGUGAUGGUGAUCAUUAGAACAAAGCAUUAAGUAUGUUCAAAACAUUUGGGCUUUCUUUUCACGCAAAAAAAAUAUUCCUUAUCCUUUAAGAAAUGUGUGAGGAGAGCAAAAAAUAAAAGCAUUGUGUUUUGUUUCACAUUUCAGUUUUACAAGUGGAGAAGAAUGUGCAAAGUUGGGGUGAAUGUGAAUUUUUCAUUUUCUGAAUAUGAUUAUAGAAUGUUUCAAAAUUGGAACCUAGAUGCUGGAAUCUUUACAGGUUGGGUGGUGUGAAUAUUUGGUUACAUUAGCAAAGCUCUAAGACAUAGCUGCCCACCAACAGUUAUGCCAGCUGGAUACAUUCUUCAGGUUUUUGGUGCCCAUGCCCGACACAAUACAAGAUUUUAUUGCUUAGUUCAAGCAUGCUCAACCUGCAGCCCUCCAGCUGUUGCAAAACUACAAUUCCCAGGAUUCCCAGACAGGCUACAGCUAUCAGCCUGCAGCAGGGCAUAGUGGGAGAUGUAGUUUUACAAAAGCUGGAGGGCCACAGGUUGAGCAUCCCUGGCUUAGUUGUAUAAUGCAACCUGAAAGCACAUGUUGACAAUAUAGAUAUGAUGCUGGUUGAGAACAUUGGUGUUUUGGCUGUGUUCUAGAACUCUGUAUUGAUAUGCUCCGCUUCCAUCUUUUUUUUCAUAUAUGUUUAAGUGGUGCUGUGUAUCUAGAAAAAAGAGGACUGGUUUUCUGAUCUUUUACUUGUUCAACUGGAAAAAUAAAGCUUCUCAACAUUUCAUCUGUAGGUGAAGAGAUGAAGCAAUGUAUCUCAGAAUACAGUAAAAAUGUUUUGCUUAUAGAAGACUCUUAUGUUUUUGCUGUACUGAGAUACAGCUUCAUGUCCAAAGGACAUCUGUAGUUCAUAUUGCUACAUUCCUGGUCUUUAGAUUAAAAGUGUAUCUGUCACCCGCUCACAAUGGAGGAAGCCAUUUUGAGUCGAACGGGUCUGUGAAGUCAACAUAUGUUCUGAACUGACAAUGUGAAUAUUGAGUCAGUACACUAAAUCUUAGUGUUUUAAUUCUUUAGAUUACAGAUACACUUUGAGCUAAACACACAGAAAAAAAUUAUAUUUACAUUCACUGCUCACUUACAGACUGCACUUUUUGUUGUGUUUGUUUCAAAUAUCUAAAAAGGAGAAGUUUGCUUUUAACACUUAUGACCCAUUAGACCGAGUACCUGAAGUGUUAAGAGUUUUUAGUAGUAAAACUUCAAGGUGGAAAGGAGCAGAACUGGGAGAAGGGCAGCUGAGGACAUGGCUGUUUGUUUGCACUGCCUGAUCCGUGUAUGUAGCUCUCAGGAUGAGCUUUUUAUAUUGAUUUCUAUACACGCAGCUUGUCAUGAGAGCUACAUAUACUGACUUGGCUAUAUAAACAGACAUAACCAUGUCCUCAGCAGCACUCCUUGUCUUGUAGACCAAGUACUGAUGUGUUAUUGUGGAAAGCUGGUAACAAUUCACAUGCCCAGUCUAAUGGGGCCUUAAGUGUUAGAAGUGAGACUUGCCUUUAAAUGGGUGCUAGGUUACUGCUUUUGGUAGACUGAAUACAAUGGUUUUCAACAAGUCCAUUAUUAUUUUUGGCAGUCAAGAUUUAGAUGGCUUUUCAAAUGUCUCGAAAUAAGCAUUUUUAAAUGUACCCAGUACUAGAAGUAGAGACAAUAUGGCAAUAAUGAAAUGGCUAUUUUAUAAUAUCUUGUUACGUCUUUGACUACCCAAGUGAAAUCCAAAAUAACAAUAUGCAGUAUUAGGAUCGGGAGAUCAGAACUUUUAUAUGACGGCCUGUGAAUAGAUAAUAGCAAGCAGGCUACAAUGUUACAAAAAUCCAAGUACUGUAUACUGAUAUUAGAUUUUAUUUUGGAGCUUGAGGUGUUCUGAUUCUGUGAAUGCCCUAUGUGCAGCCUCAAAACAUCGACAUAAAUCUAAUGGCUUUUUGCACACUUGAUCCUUAUUGUUGCUACAGUACGUGUUGUGUUUUUUUUUUGUUUUUUUUGCUAAUGUGUUUUCUUUUCUUUUCUGUUUUUACAUAAAACUACCUCCACAACUUUUAAACGGCAGCAAUGUUAAAGUAUACUGUACAAAACAAACAUUCAAAUCAUGUGAAUUACUCCAUGAGACAUCAGCGUUUUUGUAGAAUGAAUCAUAAUUUUUUCAUGACCAUGGUUUCUUUCCACUAAGACUUCAUUUGGGUUUUUAUAAGAAUUGUAUAUUGUAAAUUAAGGGCAAACAAUCCUUUUUUUUUUUUUUUUUAACGUUUCAUCAUGGUUGGAAACAUUCACCAACACUUUACUUUACAGCUGAAGGUUUCUUCCUGUCGUCACUUAGCCAUUGCAAGUUUUCAGGGGCCAGUGACCUCCGUCAUACAUUUGCCAGCCUGACUUUCCUAUGACGAACAAAGCCAGAUCUUUCAAUACUACCGAUGAGUUGACUCCACUAUGACAUUGUUGUUUAUAGAUGAGACUUAAACUGAAAGAAGUCGUAAUUUCUUCAAGUCAGUGACUGAAUGUGACUAUUGCAUUAGGGGAAUAAAGUCAAUACAUACAAGGAGGACUUUACUGUAUGUUUAAAAAGAAUUUUGCAGCCAAGACUGCCUUGUAUAAAUGUGUUUGCACUGAAAAAAAAUAAUAAAAAAAAUCUAAUUCUCGGUCUCUGGUUGCUGUAAAGCUCAUCCAAAAAUGGAUGUUCUGUUUAUAUUGUAUAGAAUUUAAUAUAAAAGAAAAUACAGUUCAUGAGAUGUCUUCCCUGACGUUACUGAUUUCUAACAGCACAUUUGUAUCAUGGUUUUUAUUGUGUCGGUGUAUCAUACUGUAAAGGAUGUUUUACCUGUCAUGCUUAGCAUAAUAACUUAAAAGGAAAAAAGUUCACAGGGAUUUUUUUGUAAACUUAUAUUCAAAAGUCCCUUUCUAUGUCAAUAUUGUGUCCAUGUUGG